AUGGAUUCUUCUUCCUUUGAAUUCUCCUCUGAAUGUCUUGCAUGGGAAAAGCUUGUUUUGGAGAGUACAUCCCUUCCCUUCAAUGAACAUGACUCACAAGAGAUGCUCCUCUUGGAUGUUCUCAAUAAAGCUGCUGAUCAAGAAGAGUCUUUGGGUUCUGAUCUCUCCACCAGAUCUAUCCAUAAAGAUACCAGUAGUAGUUCUAAGGAGAAGGAAAAACCAAAGCAAAAGGAGAAAAAGGCCUACAUCGGUGUCCGAAGGCGGCCAUGGGGAAAGUUUGCAGCUGAGAUAAGGGAUUCAACUAGAAAUGGUACAAGAGUUUGGUUGGGAACUUUUGAGAAUGCUGAAGAUGCUGCCUUAGCUUAUGAUCAAGCAGCAUUGUCAAUGCGUGGAUCACUAGCUGUUCUCAAUUUCCCCGUUGAAAAGGUUGUUGAUUCACUCCGAGAGAUCAAGUACAGCUGCAAUGAAGGGUGUUCACCAGUGAUAACACUUAAAAGGAGACACUCCAUGAGAAGGAAGUUCUUAAACAAGACAAGCAAAGGGAGUGAGGUGGGAAUGGAAGAUAUAGGGGGAAAUGACUUGGAAGAACCUGUUAGUUCUUGUGAGAGUUCUAGCCCUAGUUGA